UACCCGGGCAUUGCUUGUGACAUUCCGGCUCACAUCUAUCAAUUUACCUGGGCUCCAAACCCAACCUGGGGCGAGUUCUAUGCGUCCGGUCCAGAGAUUCUACGCUACUUUCAAGACACGGCCAAGAAGUUCGACUUGGAAAAGUAUGCCAAUCUCAAGCAUUGUGUGACAAGGGCGGAAUGGAACGAAGACGACGGCACUUGGAAGUUGGAGAUCCUCAACGAGGAGACCAAACAGACCAUGACAGAUUACUGCCACUUCCUCAUCAAUGGAUCGGGCUUCUUGAAUCAUACUAAGGUUUUUCUCGGCCACUGGACCUUUCCAAACAUCCCAGGUCUGCACUCAUUCAAGGGACCUCUGAUGCAUACGGCCAACUGGGACAAUGAUGUGCCGUUGGAUACCAAGAAAAUCGGUCUCAUUGGCAACGGAUCCUCUGGAAUCCAGCUCCUGACAGCUAUCCAACCUCUCGCGAAACACCUCACCACAUUCAUCCGCUCGCCGACGUGGAUCACCACUGUCUAUCUACAAGACUACGCUGGCCCUGGCGGUUCGAACUUUGAAUACACACCCGAGCAGAUCGAGGAGUACAAGAAGAACCCGGAUGAGUACCUGAGUUAUAGAAAGGCAAUGGAGUCUAACAUGAGCGGGAGCUUCGAUAUUUCGCUCAAGAAUAGCGAUUUUCAACAGAUGGCGCGCCAAUAUCUCACGGAGCAGAUGAAAAAGCGUUUUGGAGAGGGCCAUCCGCUUUCACAGAACCUGAUUCCUGAUUUUUCAGUUGGGUGCAGGCGUCUCACCCCAGGAACUGGAUAUCUAGAGGCUCUGACACAAUCUAAUGUCACGGUCGAACGUACUCCAAUAGUACGGGUCGUUCCCGAAGGUAUCGAGCUCGAAAACGGCGAGUUAGUAGAGCUUGAUGUACUCGCAUGCGCGACCGGCUUCGACGUAUCCUGGGCCCCUCGCUUUCCCAUCAUCGGCCGAAAGGGUAUCAACCUGCAGGAAGAGUGGUCCAAGACAAGGGCUUCAGCGUACAUGGCGCUGGCCGUGCCCAACUUUCCCAACUACACUCGUGCGUACCUCUCUGCAGUGUCUCUCUUAGAAUAUGUUACUCAUUGCAUCAUAUUCUUCCUCGGCCCUGGCGGGCCUCUAUCCCACGGAUCAGCUCUUCCAAGCAUCGAGCACCAGACAAAGUACAUCGCACGACUGCUCUACAAGAUGCAGAUUGAGGGUUACAAGGCAGCAGCGCCUUCCCAAGCAGCUACACAAGAGUUCAUCAGCCACAUGCACAAGUUCAACGAGCGCACUGUCUGGAGCGGGGACUGCAACUCGUGGUUCAAAGGCGGUACGUCUUCCAUCGCAGAAACAAGUUUGCAUAUGUUGACUUUUACGUUAGGGGUCAAGGAAAACAAGCCCCUUUGCCAUGCGGGGAGCCGUACUCACUGGUUCCACAUGCUAACAGAGCCCCGGUGGGAAGAUUGGGAAUGGGAGCGCCUGUCGGAGAAUAGGUUCUCAUACCUUGGCAACGGAUGGACGACUUGGGAGAAGACAGGACAAGAUCUUAGCUAUUACCUAGAUGACCCAGAUUCAGGAUAUGAAAGCAGUAGGUAUUAA